AUGGGUGACGCUAUAAACUGUAGUGUGCCGGAAGUACCGCUGGCUCAUCUCGAAGAUGACAUCGACUUCAUCAAGGCGGCAUCGCAACAAUCGACCAGUGAUUGCGAGAACAAUUUCGAUGAAAAUUUCGAUCCGGAAAGUUUAUCGGGUAGUUUGGAAGAUCUGGUCGGAACAUUUGAUCAAAAAAUCUCACAUUGCUUCAAGGAUUUUAAUAAGACCACCGAAGAGAUAGCACCUAUACAAGUGCGCUCACAAGAUGAAAUCAUGUCUGAAAGCCAAAUUUGGUGGACUUUAACAGGAAAUUUUGGCAAUAUGCCUCCACUUGAUUUCUCGAAGACACAAACAAGGCGGCUGCAACUUCCUGCUCUUGACCUUCAGCCACACAAGGAAAACAGUGAUCCCGGUAUUGAUUUAUCAGAAGAAGAUGAGGACCUGAGAAGUGCAUUAGAUAUGCAUCAAUUGAUCAGUCAGCGUGGUCCUUUGUCAGAGUCACCUCCACAAACUGCUGAUCAGGUGAUCGAAGAAAUUGAUCAAAUGCUUCAGUCGUGUGAUUUUUCUGGGUCGGUAAUGACUGAUCGUACGAUGGAAUCGAUGGACAGUAUGUAUUCGUCGAUACGUUCACCAUUACCAAAUGUACAAUACGAAAUGGAUAUCAAAUUGCGACAAGCCGUUGCAAUUACGUCGAAUUCAGAAAAUUUGGAAUCAUUUACCUAUAGCAGAUUGCUUGCUCUGAGUGCUGAAAUGGAACAACUCAUACAAGUCUAUAAUGAUAGUUUGGUGGAGCAAUUGGCCCAUCGUGAUGAGUUAGAAUAUGAGAAGGAAAUGAAAAAUACAUUUAUAUCAUUGCUUUUAUCCAUACAAAAUCGACGGAGACAUUUCACCAAUGAGCGAAAGCGUAAACCGCAGAAAACUGACCCUUCACAAUUACCACAGUAUAUGACAGCGACAAUUCCGUACGACGAAAAUCGCCUUUCCGUGGACAUGAACACAUUGAUGGCGCUUAUUAAAUUGUUGCGAGCAAUUGAUGAAGAUAGUCCCGCUGUGCCAAGCAUGCUCACUAACUAUAUCUUAACUGUCCUGUGCCCGUCAGCAUCAUCAUCAAUUAUCACGGAUUUGGCUGCUUAA